AUGCCUUCACAUCUCGUCAACACCACUCUGCAAUCCGCUGGCUUAUCCGCGAUCUCCAAUCUUCUCGCGCAAUUCAUAAGAGCACACAGGGAAAACAGACCGUUUACGAUCAGCAUUCGCCCACUUCUUCAAUUUGUUAUCUUCACAUUCCUCUCCUGUCCGCCGAAUAUCCUAUGGCAAGAUUAUCUCGAGGAGAAAUUCCCAGGAUAUACGUACCAUCCCGCAAGUGGGGAGAAGUCGCUACACAAAGCCAACACGGCGCGGAAGUUCUUGUUCGAUCAGACGUUGGGUGCAUUCGUGAAUACCGUGGCAUUUGUUGCUGCUAUGGCUGCGUUUAAAGGGAAAGGCGCCAGAGCGGUGCAGAAGGAAGUCGAGCGGGAUGUUGUGCCUUUGAUGAUCAACGGGUGGAAAAUAUGGCCGCUCGUUGCGUUUAUGAACUUUACCAUUGUCCCCGUUAAUCGGAGAGUCAUUGUCGGCAGUAUCGUCGGGCUCUUCUGGGGCAUUUAUCUUAGUUUAUUUGCAGCAUUGGACUGA